AUGGGUUUUAAGGACCAAUGUGUCGGGCGGAUGGCAGUGGCAUGCCAACUGGUCUCCAGAUGGAGGAGGGGGUGUAGGAGCUUCAGUGGCCCGGCCCAGGCCAGAUAUUCCAAGGAUGCCAUUCUCCCCUGCAGGGCCCUCUGCGCCUACGUGGUGCACAGGAAUGUGACCUGUGUCCUACAGGAGGGAGCAGAGAGCUACAUAAAGGCUGAGUACCGGCAGUGUGGAUGGGGGCCCAAGUGCCCCGGGACAGUCACGUACCGCACAGUGCUCAGACCCAAAUACAAGGUCGGCUACAAGAAGGUGACGGAACUCUCCUGGCGUUGCUGCCCUGGGCUCACUGGAGAAGGCUGCCCUGAGCACCUCACAGACCACGGGGCCGCCCCACCCCAGUCGGAGCCUGAGCCCCAGAUUCCCUCCGGGCAGCUGAGCCCAGGCUCCAGGCCCCCUCCUAGCAGAGCCACCCCCAGCCCUUAUGGUGAGUCUGCCCAUGGAGACCCUACCAAGGCGGCCAGCCUGCGGAUGCACCAGAGCCUGGAUGACCGAGAGCUGGCCCUGCGCCGGGAGCUCUCACAGCUGGGCACCCGGCUGCAGGGCCUGAGCGUGGCCGGUAGGGGCAGCUGCUGCAGCCAGCUGGCCUUGGUCAGCGCCCGCAUGGACAGCCUCGAGAGCAACCUGCAGGCCGUCACCGAGGUCCAAAGGGGCCAUGGCCCCAGCACCAGCGAUGAGCUCACCCGGCUCUCUGCUGCCAUGCUCGAGGGGGGUGUGGACGGAUUUCUGGAGGGCCUGGAGACCCUCAACGGGACAGAGAGUGGAGGGAGGGGCUGCUGUCAGGGGGUGAAGGAGGGGGGAGGCGGCGGGGGCGGUUUCAGGACCCUGCUGGAAGAGCGUGUGCACAGCCUGGAGGAGCGCCUGCUGACACUGGCUGGGGAGCUAAGCCGUGACAGCACCCCGCCAGGCAGGCCGGCAGGGCCCCUGGUGCAGACAGAACUCGCUGUGCUGGAACAACGGCUGGUUUCGCUGGAGACCUCAUGUACCCCCAGCACCACCUCAGCUGUUCUGAACAACCUCGUGGCAGAGGUGAAGGCCUGGCAGAGCCAGAUGGAGGUCCUCCUCCGCCAGGUGGCCAGCCACACAGCCUUACUCCAGCAGCUCAAUGGCACUGUGGCCGAGGUCCAGGGGCAGCUGGCAGAAGCCACGGGCAGCUCACUCCAGGGCGAGAUCACCCUGCUCAAGGUCAAUCUGAACUCCGUGAGCAAGUCACUCACGGGCCUCAGCGACUCCGUCAGCCAGUACUCCGAUGCCUUCUUAGCCACCAACACCUCCCUGGAUGAGCGGGAACGCAAGGUGGAGGCCGAGGUCCACGCCAUCCAGGAGCAGGUCAGCAGCCAAGGCUCACGGCUUCGCGCUGGCCACAGGCAGGUCCUGAGCCUGCGGGGGGAGCUGGAGCAACUCAAGGCCGGUGUGGCCGAUGUGGCUGGCGGGCUGAGCCGCUGCCAGGACACAGCCCAGGAACUCCAGCUGGCAGUGGGCCAUUUCGAUCAGAGGGUGGCCCAGGUGGAGGGUGUGUGUGGGAAGCUGGGCCCGCUGGCUGCAGACCUGAACAGCUUGCCCACUGAUUCCCUCAGGCCCAGGGAGGGCCUCUGGGGCCACGUGGAUCAGCUGAAUCGCACGCUGGCCCGGCACGCGCAGGACAUCGCCCGCCUCCGGGAUGACCUGCUGGACUGCCAAGCCCAGCUGGCUGAGCAGGGGCGGCCAGGGCGGGCCAACUAGGCAGGCUGGACGGGACCCAACACCCAGAUCCUACCAACCCUGGGGCCAUCACCCCGGCGCCCAGACCAUGCUUCCCAGCCUCCCUUGGCCAUUGCAGAGGCCAUUUUAGAGGCUACUGAAGGAACAGUCUUGGUCCAGCUCCACAUGACUGUCUCAGACAUCAACACCCGUGCUCACUGCCGCACCAACUGGACAGUUCAGGAUAGUGGUCAAGGCGAGUACAACAUGCCUGCAGGCAAGGGUGCACCUAGGAGACCUCACAAUCCAGUUUGCUACUUGCCCUUCUGCAGACAUGAGUUGGCAUCUGGGCAAAGACUGCAGGUCCAUCCUCAGACAGUGGCCUGUCCACAUCUCCCUUUGCCCACGGGCAAUAGGCCCGAGCCCAUGGAGGCUCCUCGUUCCUUUGUCCCCUUAGCUUCUCUCCCCUGUCAUCUGCAGGAAGGUGCUGCCCAUUGGCACCGUCCUCACACCUGGCAGCUUCACAGAUGCUAUUUCUGAACCAAGGACCAGAGGCUUCCACCACCACAGGUCCUUCCGGGCAGAACGGAAGCACAGACUCAGGCACGAGUUCUCUUUA